AUGACACCGACAAAUUCCUGGCUCGAUUCCACUAGCGCGUUUGUGGUGAAUCACGGGAUCUUGGAAGCCUCCCCCGCGCGCGUUCUUGUCUUAGCGAGCCAGAGUAAACAGUUGUUGCCUCUCACCUCUUUACUCCAACCUAUCUCUAAUCUCCCCACAACUUCGAGCUCUGCGCUGAUCUCUCUUGCUCUGACUUCCACACCACCAAAUCGCAGCUUCAGCGACAGCAUCAGCAAAUUACUGACUGCAGCACUCGCUAAGAUGGGUCUUGGUCACACCGUUGAUCCCGAGGGCUUGGAGAGUUCCAUCCUCGAGCCACUGAAAGGUGACCCCAAGCUACGAGUGGCAUCUGAAACCCCACAAAAUACCGAAAGCAAGAAGAAGAGAAAAAGACGUAACAAGCAGAGACGAAAGGCCAGAAAAGCCCAAGAAGAACUGACCUCUUCGGAACAUGUCAAUGCCGACACCGAGCCUACUUGGACACAUACUAAUGGCAACGCUCGCAGAUCGGCCCACUCUGGUCGUUUGAGUGCUAAGAUCAGAACAGCUGAGACCCCCGAUUCCACCCCGAAUGUGAAUAUCCCACCAUCUCUCGGAUCAGACAAGCUUCCAACCUCCAAGAUCACAGGCGAGACUCGAUCACCCAAAACUACCUUACAUCCAGUCGAUAGAGUCAUCGGAUCACGUCGCCACUCCAAUGCCAAUGUUGAAUCGGCCAAGUCCACCUUACAAACUGCCGACCACCAGUUGCCUCGAUACCCUGCGCUUCCAGUCGACCUCGAAGACGGCAGCGAUGUUGAGGAGACGAUCAUAACCCCAGCAGCGGCUUCCCUGUCUCGUCGGCUCAAGUUCGCGCCUGGAGAGCAUCUUCAAGCAUUCCCGAGAGAAGUGACGGACGAGGACCAUGAAGAGCUGAACGGUGCUGAAUUUGACGACUCAGAUGGCGAGCAAGUGGUCCCCGAGCCUACGACGCAUCCGGGCUUCCCACCAGCAGAAGAGCUCCCAAAGUGGUUCCCGGAGAACAUCAAGAAUAUCUACCAAGUUGACCGCCAUGGAGGUGCUCUAUCCUUCAAGGAACUCAACGAGAUCACACGGUACCGCGCCGCCCUGGAGAUAAUCCUGCGUCGCAGAUGGAAGACAUACCUCGAAGCGGGAGAGGCCCGAUUCAAGCUCCAAAAGCUCGUUCGUCGCCUCCGUGCCCGACCUGUGACCGAGGCGUAUUUCAAGUACCGGAACAAGCAGUACAAGACGUGGAAGGGGAAGGCCCUGGCGUCAUGGAAGAGGCUCGAGAAGAUGCAUUCGGGCGUGCUGAUCUUGGAUGCGACGAUCAACAUCAACUUCCGCCAGGAGAGGAUCAUCUACGAGAAGGAGCUUGGCGGUCAACGCUUGUAG